GCUCAGUUCAUAUCUGUAAGCAUAACACGGCACUUCUACCGUUUCUCAACACAUUACACUUUCCUUUUGAGGCACACGCAGUCUAUAGAACAGUCCAAACCGUCAUGGACGAAUCCAUUCACGAACCUCUCUUCCGCUCCGCCAAGCGACGAAAAAUCACCCGACCGCGCUCCUCCGUCGCCGCCACCUCUCCUCCUCCCCAAGAACGCGAUGAUGCGCAAGAACCACAGUCGGAAGAGGGACCCUCGGUCGCGGAAAUCCUCCGACUGCGCAAAACCAAGGCAAAACGCUUCGGCGUGGAGUUCGGCGCCGCGAAGAGCCACGCGGCGGUGCAGCGGCCGACAGAGGGCGAAGGGAGACAUGCAGGGACGGUGUCGGCGGUAGAGACUGCGGCAAGGCGGUUUGCGCCGCAGGCAGGGCCGGUGAUGGAGUUGGAUAGGCAUAUGAUGGCGUAUGUAGACUCACGGAUCGCUGAGAUGCAUCAAGGGGGUGGAUCAACCACGGAAUCUACGAACUACGGACCUCUCUCGACGAUAUCGGCGGACGACGCGUCGCGCGCGGUCACGACGGAUCGCGAACGACAGCCGGCGGGGUUGGGGAAGUUGCAGGAGGUGGAUUUGGGGCCGUCGGCCACGCAGGAGAAUAUCCGGCGGACGCAGGCGGCGACGCGGAGACUAGAGGGGGUGGUUUCGGAGGAAGAGGAGGAAGGGCCGGUGAGGAAGGGGAGGGAUGGGAGGCCGUGGCGGAGAAGGAAGCGGAGGAAUAGCGAUGAUGUGCGGAGGGAUAAGUUGGUAGAGCAAGUGCUUCGAGAGAGUCGAUUGGAUCUUUACGACGAAUCUGCAGCAUCGUCUCCUCGAGAGGCCAACGACCAAGCGGCGGACGACACCAUCGCCGAGCAAUUCCGGCGGGAUUUCAUGGAGGCUCAGAACAAGAAUAUGCGCCGAGCGGCGCCGCCGCCGCCGAGUCAGAAGGUGAAGCCGGGCGAGGAGAGGCCGAAGGGGCCGAAGUUGGGGGGAUCGAGGAGCGCAAGGGCGGCGUUGCGAGCGCUAGAGGAGAAGGGGAAGAAGAAGUGAUGGGAUGGGGUUUGGAGAUGUUAUAUGGCAUUUUGCGGACUACAGAUAUCGAUUUGGAGUUUUCCAUACUACUUGACUGCAAGUCUGCAAUACGGAUAUCAUGAGUUCAUGACGACUUGACGAGUGUCCUUCGAGCGCUGAUCAUUGACCGGUUUAUUAUGUAUUCGGAACGAUCAGCCAGGAUUUCCCCAGUCUCCCCUUUGGACCCCAAACCAGGGUGGCGUGCCAAGGCGGGUCAAGAAAUGUCGUGGAUUGGCGGUAUCUUGAUUUUGGCGUCGAUCAUCUCCCUAAUUGACACUACUCCUUGCUCGGGAU